AUGGAAGCUCGCUCGAUAGGAGAAAGCACGGAUGCGAUAGUGAUGGAUGAUUCUGCUACAGAUGAAAGGGGAAUUCAGGAGCCUUGUCAAAGCGAGAUCCCGGCAGUGUCUCUGUGCCCUCCCGACAGCGAGUGUUCAGUCGAGGCCCAGUUGACAUUCAUCCAGUCUGAAGGGGAGCUAUGUGACAGCUGCAGCAGCCUCAGCAGACCCUCUUCCUCCUGCCAGAUUUAUCACCAAGUCCCCCAGUGUGCCCAAGCUGGGGCCUACAAUUCGCCACAUCCACGAAAAUGUCCCCACUGCAGCCAUUAUGGUCCAAUCAAGCCGAACACCUGCCACGACAGUCAUUCAAACACAACAGUUCCUCCUCACGCCGAAGGGGGCGUCGUGGUGAAAGUGGACCGUAGUCAUACUUCGGCCCAUCAGACGUCUCGUCACGGCGAGGUGAGAUGUCAUUGGCUGCGUGGGUCAAAUGAGAGCCGGACGCAGAAACCGACGCAGCGGCGUGUGGUGACAGUAAGGGACAGAGGACUCUACUGCAUCCUGAGAAAUUAUUCCCAGGUGUUAGUGGACUACCCGUUAGCAGUGUUGGUGGGUUGUGCCGUGCUGCUGCUGGGAUGCUCACUAGCUGGACUCUUCAUUGGUCCACUGCCAGACUUCUCUGACCCGCUGCUGGGCUUUGAGCCACGGGGAACAUACAUUGGAGUUCGCCAGUCCAGCUUGUCUGAGCUGCAGGAGAACACUGGCCCGGGGAGGAAACUGUCUCCUUUACCGCAGCAGCUCAGUAGAAGUUUUGGGGGUGCUGUCAGCGGAGACGGCAGUGGCAGCCAUGAUGCCUCCAGGCUUCGCGUCAAGAGGAUGCUGGCCAGAGACUCGUCUCCAGACACGUUCCUCUGUGAUGCUCCAGGCGAAGGUUUGGCUCAGCUGGUGUUUCGAUCAGAAAAUUCCGCCAGUCUCUGGAGUCUGAGGGCCAUCCACGCCAUGUGUGAGAUGGAGCAAUCCCGGAUUCGCUCCCAGGCUCAGUUCCAGGACUUGUGCCAGCAGCAUGUAAAGGGGGAGGCCGAGGGAACGUCCAGAAGCGGCUGUUGUCCAAGCUGGUCUCUGGGGAAUUACUUGGCUCUCCUCACUAACGCCUCCUGCUGCCUCAGUCUCACCUCACACCAGGUGUCUGAUUCUUUGAACCUUCUCCGGAAAUGUGGUCCCUACUAUCACGAGGGACAUCUAGUGGAAGCCUGUGUGGAGAGACCCAAACAUGGCGGCUGUUCCUCUGUCCCGUCCCGUUGUAAACAAUCUCGUGUGGUGUUCCAAAUCCUGCACUUCCUGGUCGAUAAAGACUUCCUCAGCCCGCAGACCGUUGAAUACCAGAUCCCUACGCUGAAGUACAGCCUUCUGUUCUUACCCGUGGACAAAGGAGAACACAUGAUGGAGAUAUACAUGAACAGUCUCGAGGGCAGGGAACUGAGGUACAACAACACCACUAUCACUGGCAUGGACUUUGGCCUCAAGCAGAGGCUCUUCAAAUAUUACCUGGCAAGGGAUUCAAUCUACCCCGUGCUAUCGGUGGCCUGUCUGCUUUUCACUAUGGCUCUUUAUCUCCACUCUCUCUUCAUCGUAGCAUUAUCUGUGAUAGCAAUCACAGGCUCCCUCCUGACCUCCUACUUCUUCUAUAAAGUAGCAUUUCGCCUGACAUUCUUCCCACUGGUCAACCUCUCAGCAGCUCUUAUUCUCUUGGGAAGCUGCUCCAAUCAGGUUUUCAUCUUCGCUGAUUUCUGGAAUCUGCAGCGAUCCCAGAAUCCGUCGGCCUCCCUUGAGAAGAGAGUAAACAGAGCUUUGCAGGAAGUCGGCCAUUUGAUUUUAGCGUCGGGGUUGACCUCCAGCGCGGCAUUUUUCUCUGGUUAUCUCAGCAGCAUCACAGUAAUCAGAUGUUUCUCUGUUUAUCUAGGAACUGCCUCAUUUAUCAGCUCAAUCGUAGCAUUAGUUUGGCUGCCGUGCUCCUUCGUUCUGCGCGAGCGCUACAUAGAAGCUUCCUCUGCAGCUGUAGCAGUGCAGGGAUGGAAACCGUGCUGCUCCAAAAACAGCGGUGGCUUCUGGGACACGAGCUUGCGCAAGAGAUGCCUCUUCACUCUCGGGCAGAAGCUGAGGGAAUUAAAAAAAGGUCUCAGUGACACUUCAAAUUUGUUAUUUCUGAAAAUCCUACCCUGUGGAGUGGUGAAGUUUCGGUACAUCUGGGUGUGCUGGUUUGCCGUGCUGGCCGCUGGGGGCACGUACAUGUCCUGCAUUGACCCAGGCAUGACGUUGCCUACCUUGGACAGCAGGGUUGCUCAGCUUUUCCGCUCCAAUCACCCGUUUGAACGAUACGACGCAGAGUAUCGUCACAUGUUUAUGUUUGAGAGACAGAGGAACGGAGAGGAUAAACACGUUGAGUUAAGGCUUGUUUGGGGUGUCAAACCAACGGAUAACGGGGAUCACUUUAACCCAAAGAGCAAUGGCUCUUUGGUUUAUGACCCAGAGUUUAACAUGAGCCAGCCAGAGGCUCAGGUUUGGUUGAGGGAUUUAUGUGCACGGGUUCAGAACCAAAGCUUUUAUUCCACUCCGUCACCUGAGGAUGAUGUUAUGACAGACAAUAUCUGUCUUGUGGAGCAGCUAACACAGUGGGUGUCUGUCAGACGGUGCUCAGAGAGCGAUGACUCCCUCAAUUUUUGCUGUAAUGACAUCCCUUUCCCUUACUCUCCCAGCGUUUUUGAGAACUGCCUCAGUAUGAUGCUGGUGGAGAGGUAUGCUGAGGGCCAUCUGGCCCACAGCGGAGGCCUGUACUUCCAGCCAGAUGGCAGGGUCGCUGCCCUCGUGUUGGCAUUCAAAACCACAUACUUCUAUAGCUUCAACUUCAGCCAAACUAGUCUUUUCUACAGAGAAAUCCUGACAUGGUUUAACAGAGAAAUGUCAGGUGCGCCACAAGGGCUGGAGAAUGGCUGGUUCAUCAGUCAGCUGUCUCUUUUUGAUCUACAACAAGCUUUAAGCUCCGAGACUCUAGUAGUAGCAGGCUUCUCAAUCGCUCUCACGUUUGCUUCACUUCUCUUAACCACCUGGAAUGUUCUACUGAGCAUAUAUGGGACUGUAGCUGUUGGAGGGAGUGUUUUUGUCACUAUCGGCCUCCUUGUUCUUCUCGAAUGGCAGCUAAGCGGCAUCGAAGCUCUGUUUAUAUCAGCAGCAGCAGGGUUGUCUGUUGACUUUGUUGCCAACUACUGCAUUUCCUACAGCUUGGCUCCUCAUUCAGAUAAAAUUGGCAAAGUAGCACACGCCACUAAAAUAAUGGGAUGUCCCGUAGCAAUAGUUUCUGGCGCAUUUUUUUCAAUGGGGAUCAUCAUGUUGCCUGCCACGGUUUUGCUUUUCAGAAAACUGGGGAUUUUCCUCUUCUUGGUGAAAUGUGUAGCGUGUGGAUUUGCAACCUUCUUUUUCCAGUCCCUGUGCUGCUUUUUUGGACCCCAGAAAAACUGCGGAAAGAUCUUGCUGCCGUGUUUCUCAGAUCACAAUGAUGGCGUGUUGUCCUCUUGCUCGGCAGAGCCCAGUUCCUCGUCGUCUAACCGGGCCUUCGGCAUAUCUAGAGUGAGGAGGAGUUAUGACAAAGAAGCAGGCGGCUAUCUCUACCCCGACCACCAACGUCAGCAGAGACAGAAACAGACGGGAGCAGGGGGAAGUGGGGGCCGAGGGCCGGAGCAGUAUGAGCUGCAACCAUUGGCCUACCGACUGAGCGACAGCUUUGAAAACAGCACAUGCACCAGUAAGCUGUCCAACCGACCGUCUGUGCUGUCUGAUGAGAUCGAUUACUGUGGCAGUAACAGCAUAGGUGGGGACAGUGAGGAGAUGUUCAGUCAUCAACCUAAGACCUGCCAACCGCCUCCAGCCCUUCAGACUUCCUCUCCGUACAGAGAAAACACCCUGCGGCCUGAAGACGUAGGGAAGGACAAACUGCUGUGUAAAACAUGCAGAGGUCAGUCUGGUGGGGUAAAGCACUGGACCAGUACAUCCUUGUCCUCAUCCUCCAGCAUGGAGGACACCAUCAUUAGCCACACACUGGAGACCAUUGACCAGCCAUCUCACUGCAAAGACAACCACACCACAGAGGAGAACCUCUAUCCCCAUCCCCACUCGAAUAAAAUUCACCUGUCCUUGCUGUCUCAGAGCUCCUGUGAGGGUCUGGAGGACUCUUGUGAAACAUGCCUGAGUGACAUUGAACCGGGGCCUUCCAGUACGCAACCAAAUGAAGAUGAAGAAGAGGUUCAGUUACAACCAGGACAUUUAAACAGGAAGAGAGAUACACUUCGUCUCUCACUGAGAGAAACGGUUUAUGAGAUUUGUAACAAAGGCCGCACCAGUCAGAGUGAAGAAGUUGUGAUCUUACCCAACAGUAAGCCAGACCUGCCAGACGUUUGGAUAAAGAGAGACGGACAACGGGAGGACACAUGUUGA